AUGACCGCUCAGAAAAAGCAAGCGCACCGAGAUUUGGUCAGUGAGUAUAACAUCUUUUUCGACGGCCGCACUGACAAAGCGCGAUGGCCAUCUGCACACUCCAAAACAUUCAACGAUAUUCAAAAAAUCGGCCGUACAGAGAUCGCCAAGUAUCAUGAAAGCGUUAUCAGAGGUUCCGAUAAACCCUGGAGGGCACAAACUAAGCGUCGAGCAGAACGAAUUGUGGCUAAAGCACAAUUAUGCCUUGAAGCAAAUAGAAACGAGGCAGGUUGGAGAUUGAACCUAGAGCACGAGAUAUUGGCUAGGUUAACGAUUGAAGUGGCCUGUCGCGGGUGUCGGGCGCGAUUAUGGCGUUCUGAGUUGGAGGUCACCCGAGAUCCCAAGGACAAAUUCUCGAAAUCGUUGGAAGAGAGGCAAAAGAAACGGAAGCCAUGCUCGUGUCCGGGAGGACGCGGUGGAUUAGACGAGUUUAAAGAAGGCAUUAACCAAUUGUUUGAUGACCGUGCUGAAGAAACCAUUAUUCAAGAAGAAGGUUUGCAGGCUGCUAUGCAGAAAAAGGAAAAGCCAGACCGAAUUUAUGGCCUUCGGAAGACGAGUCGGUUGAAGCGGCUAUUGUGCGAAACCAAGGACAAAAGGGCAGUAGAAUCCAUCAGAAGCACCCCCUUUCGUCCCGGAGGCGAGUCAAUUGUAUUUCCCUUUCUUGUUCUCGAAGCGAAGUCAGAGAAAAGCAGGGACGGUUUUGGCGAUAUCGAGGCUCAAACUGCAUUUACCAUCCGCCAGUUAUUAAAGUUGCAGGAAGAUCUGAGGAGAGCUACUAGGAAGGACAGUAAGUGGGAGAGUGGCCCCCUAGUAUGGUUUCUAGCCAACAAGGGAGCGCUCUGGCGAGUGGCUGCGGCCCACAUCGAGCAUAAAAACGGCGUUCAAUACUACCGAAUUGUCGACCUUUGGAAGGGGAGGCUUACCUUAUUCAGUGGAGCACUGCAGCUCUUGUUGAUCGUGGACUAUAUAUUCGAUUGGGCUAGAGAUACAUACCGAGAAGCGAUCAUUAGCGAAUUGCGUAACCUCGCAGAAAAUGAUAGGCCAAGUUUGGGGAACGAUAGCAACAUACUUUCAUUGGAGGGCUCAUCUUUCUCGCCCGAACAUCCUCAAACCCGGGGAUCAGGUGACAACGAGGAGGAGGGCCCCACGAACCCCGACGAACUGUCCAGAGCUAUCAUCCAAGAUCCUCUCAAAAGUUUUGAUUCUACCUACGGUGUUCUACGUGACGCAAGUUACAUCCGGUCACGCUUCGUGGCCCUUCAUAUCACCCAAGAUAACUUAUCUGUCCUGAUGGCGUCAAUGAAGCCACCAGAAAAAGUCCAAAAAACAGCAGAGAGCAUCCUAAGACACUUAAGAGAUAUGUGGCGUGUAAGCCGUCAAGCACUUGAUACACUUGAACUUCGGUGGACUGGCAAAAAUCGCGAAAAUAUGAGUUUGGAUAGCCCGGACGGAGUGUUUUUAGUCACGACAACUGUAUCAGCUUAUCUAUCGCCAGACUGGGAACAAACGAGAGAGCUCUACUAUGUAGCAGUUUCAGCAGGUGCCGUGGAUCAACUUUUCCAACAUGCGAACUUGAAAGGAAAAGAGCCUUGGUGCCCCUCCGAUAUCCCAUGGGUAGAGGACGAUAUAUUUGACUCGACCUUUCAGGCUUACUUGGCUAUGGCUGUUAAGGAUAACCUCAUCGCAGCUAUCUCUCGGACAAACGUCUCCACGAAACUAUUCAUAGACGAAACGGAAACAAAGUCAAAUGACGGUGUCGGGCGAGGUAAAUCCAGGAUGGUAUCGGCUGAACAGACCACAGACAGUACAAAAUAUCGACUCCACACUGCCAUUAUGCCGGGCUCUCGCACAUACCUUCGCGGGGUUGUUUCGCUGAUUCGCGAUAUAUACAAGAUUGGUAGACAUGAUCUUGUAUCUUCUAUUAUUCGGCAAUCUAGUAGGCUUGACCAGCAGAAGCUGCCAGACGAGAGUGCAAUUGAGUCAAUCUGGCCAGGUUUAGACCCAUCAGCUACCUUAACCGACCAAGAGCAAAACAUCAUCUUUGUCACCUCGACAAACCCCAAUGCUGGGUAUUCGGAGUUAUGUCUUUUCCUGAUAGACGCCUCGAGAAUGGAUAGCCUUUUUGGCCAGGACACGCCAGGACAGCCAAGUAUCGCCUGCAAGUUCCAAGCAAUGAGAAUGGAUCCGAAGCUCGGUCUAGCGGACGGUUGGAGGGGAAUUGAAGUGCAAAAGCACGAUCCGAAUUUCUUGGAUAGCAGGAAAAGGUUUCUCAGCCAUCUCAGGGAGCUCGAAAACUUCAAGACAUAUAUGGAAGCCAAAUUCGUGGAACAGCCAGUACCUGCAAAGUUUUGGAAGUCUAAGAAGUAUUCGGAGUGGGGAGUGUCAACGACGAACCCUCAACCGUAUCUAGCCAUUCUAGAAUUCCGAGAUAUGGUGGCUGGACGAGGUAGUCCGAAUAGUCCAAUCACCUCUGUCACUGACCAACAACCAUCACAUUUACAUGAUGAAAGGCGGGGACGCAACAUUCCAAAAAAUGGAGCUUCAGCGACUUCCAGCAUGCCUUUAGCUCCAGCUUCCACUAGGAAUCAACCACUCGGCCGGCAGGAAGGUGUGCCCGAAUGUCACAUAGACAAACCUAGCAAACUUCUGAUAUCAAACUCCAAGUCACGGAAGGGAAAAUCUGUCAAUAUGGCAUCGAAAAAUCUUGAAAACCAUGGCAAUGGGCCACUGAAUGAGCAGGGAAAGGGCACGCAGGGCAACAGCAGGCCGGGCAACAGUAGGCCGGGCAAAGGCAAGCAGCACAGAGGCAACGGCAUAUCCAGCUUCAGCUCCAGGUCGAAGGUAGUUGUGUUCCGCGAUUAA